UUGCUUUGAGGAACGGUCACCUCAUGAUGAUGUGUGCACACCCCGCCUCUUCCCAGCUGAUGCUCGCGCCCUGCUGUCAAUUUCUAUUCUGAGAGAAGAGUAGUUGAGAAAGGGGGAAAACAGAAAACAAGAGAGGGUCUGCGGGGGUAGCGCAGUAAAAUAUCCAUGGGUGGUUGUGUGGGCAGUCAUCAUGAUUCUUCGGGCAGUUUAAACGAAAAUUCAGACGGAACUGGAGUGGCUCUGGGGCGUAACCAGCCCCUGAAGAGAGAGAAGCCCAAAUGGAAGAGUGACUAUCCGAUGACGGACGGGCAGCUGCGCAGUAAGCGUGAUGAGUUCUGGGACACGGCACCGGCCUUCGAGGGCCGCAAGGAGAUCUGGGACGCACUCAAGGCCGCUGCCCAGGCCUUCGAGAGUGACGACCAUGAGCUGGCGCAGGCCAUCAUUGAUGGGGCCAGCAUCACUCUCCCACACGGUGCUCUGACCGAGUGUUAUGAUGAGCUGGGCAACAGGUACCAGCUGCCCGUGUACUGCCUGUGCCCGCCAGUGAACAUGAUCGAGGAGAAGAGCGAGCUGGAGCCCCUGGAGGCGCCCGAGCCGCCGGCCAGCGAGGGCCAGGAGUGCCAGCUGCGUCUGCGGCUGUCCACGGGUCGCGACCUGCGCCUGACCGUGCGCACCACGGACACCGUGCAGCACAUGAAGCGCCGCCUGCAGGCCACGGAGGGCGUGACGGCCGGUGCGCAGCGCUGGUUCUUCUCCGGCCGGCCGCUCACCGACAGGAUGAAGCUGGAGGAGCUGAAGAUCUCGCGGGACUACGUGGUGCAGGUCAUCGUCAGCCAGCCCCCCGCGCCGCCACUGCCCCAGAACCAGAACCCCACGCCCGUGGAGAACUAGCAGCCAGAGGAGGGGUGGGGGGGGCUGGGAUUGGGGGAGGGAGAAGGGGGUUGGAAGGAUUGGAGGGGUAGUGUCACGUCAGUGAGGCAGGACUGUCUUUUGACUCUUCAAAAAGAGUUGGUACCCAGGACGUUCUUGCCAUUUGACUGAAUUCCGUUUCCAUCAGGGUUCACUCCGCGAGGGAUGUAAGACUAGCCAGAGAGCAGCUCAUCUUGUCAUGUGUGAGGGAGCUGUUCUGCAGCAGCCGCAGAUGAAGAAGAGAAGUGAAGAGAAGAUGCAUCUGGCAUGAGUAACAGGGAGGACCUGAGGCGCAGUUUGGAGUUGGAGAUUGUCUUCUCUGGAGAGGUCCCUCCUCUGAAUGAUUGGAGUUCUUCUGGAGGAAUGCUGGGCUGGCCAUCCCCCCUCUGGCGAUGAGAUCAUGCUGGGUGUCUGCAAAGCAGACUGUGGGCCAGCGGACCAGUGCCGGUCUCUCUGUCCCCCCCAGGAAGACUGAACGCACUGCACAUUACAAAGAGCAGGCACAUCAGACUCAUCUUGGAUUUGUGAACGAAAAAAUACUUUUUUUUUUUUUUUCAGAUGUUUUUCUCAUUUGCGUUUUGUUUUAGGUUUUUGAUGGAAACCAAAAAAAAAAAGAGCCAGGGAAUUUGAAACAGAACAGGGAAAAAAUGUCUUGUGGAAAAAAACCUGCCUUUUAUGAUAAUUCUCUCAACCUCUGGUCCAAUCAUUUCUAUGAGAUCAGUUGUUUAUUUCUUGCCUAUGUACAUUGCACUCUGUCUGCAACUUUGAAACAUUUGACAAAUUAGGUAUUUUUGGCUGAUCAACCAGUUCUUUAAAGGGGAAAGCCUUUUUUUGUAAUAAAUCACAUGUCUGACCUUUUGCCCAUGACUUGUGUAAUUUUAGUAGGGGAAAUACCUGUAAUUGUGAUGCAUUGCAUUAUAAAUAGUUAAGUAUU